UCGGACCAGCCGGCUGCUUUUCCCUGAUGGAACUUCCGGCUGCCGUGUGAGGCUGUGGCCGGCGUUCUACAAGUGCGAACCUGUGGGCGGGAUGGAACACAAAGAGCGCUAUUAAAAGCCGGACCCUUCCGGGCUUGCUGGGAUCAUGGCGGGGAAUCACUGCGAGCUCCUGCCGCCGGCCCGGGGCGGCCUCGGGGCGGGGCUGGGGGGCGGCCUGUGCCGCCGCUGCAGCGCCGGACUCGGCGCUCUGGCCCAGCGCCCCGGCAGCGUGUCCAAGUGGGUCCGACUCAACGUCGGCGGCACCUACUUCCUCACCACUCGGCAGACGCUGUGCCGGGACCCGAAAUCCUUCCUGUACCGCUUGUGCCAGGCUGACCCCGACCCGGACUCGAACAAGGAUGAAACGGGCGCCUAUUUAAUCGACAGAGACCCCACCUACUUUGGGCCCGUGCUGAACUACCUGAGACAUGGCAAGCUGGUGAUUAACAAAGACCUCGCGGAGGAAGAUGAUACCACGAGUUAACCCAAAAGUUGCUGGGGAGAAGUUUCUCUUUAAUGAAUUCCAUCUCAUGAAUGUAUCAGGCUGUGACCUUUCUGCACUCUCUAAUGAGUUAAUGAAUUUACGCCAAUUAUGGCCACGAAUGCUGCUGCUGUCACAGAGAGAUGCCGGAUAAAGAACACCCACCACCAGUCUCUGAACAGGGAGGGGAGAAUCAACUCUGAAUGUGAUGUAGUGGCCAGGAGAGAGGACCAUGUUCCACAACGCCACACAGAUGCAAAUGACCUGUUUCUUCAACAAACUGCAAGGGAAAACAUAAAAAUGGGGGAAGCUACAGAUUAAAAUACAUGUGUUUGGACACAGAGUACUUAAUGGCAAAAGAAAAAGAAAAAAUUAAAAAAUGAAAUUGUGCAAAACUUAUUUGAAUCCUGUUCAAGUGAGCAACAAAACAUUAUGAUGUACAUGAGACAACUGGAAAUAUAACUCUGACUGGACACUUUGAGAUAUUAAGCAAUUACUGUUCAUUUUUAUGUAUCAAACAGUAUGGUAUUGUGGUUACGCUUUUAAAAAGAUUUGUAUUUUAGCAAUACCUACUGGAAUUUUUACAGGGAAAACCGACUGAGGAUGCUGGGCAUCAGGUCACUAGCACCGAGUGGAUUUUUUACAAUAAGCAGUAAUUCUCCCCAGCCCCAUGCAUCAUAGCCAAUCCUAAAUGAAUGCCAAUCUGGAAAAGACCAAAAUAAACCAUGGGAAGAUGGGAAGAGCUGCUCUUGGUGACGGGAGAAUGGGGACUCCCUCUUAUUGGGCAAAUUCCACUUUCCAUCAUGCAGGAAAAUCCAUCUUGAAGGCAGCUCCUCUCUGUGCCGGCGGUGGGUGAUCCAGCCUAAGCUAGAAUGGCGGCAAGCUCAAGGCAGCUGUGGCCCUCAGGAGAGCGUCUGGAGUCCGCAGCACAGUGGGAGGCGCAAUGGCAGCUGGUCUGAGGGUCUGGACGAGGGCCAUGCACAGAUGGGGACAGAGGAGCCACUGUAGUGACUGAAGCCCACGGCGUCCACCCUCUCCAGCCAGCCCCGUCCACACCUGAAGUCCACAGCGUCCACCCUCUCCAGCCAGCCCCGCCCACACCUGCGGCCUUCCUCUCCUUCCUGUUUGGUGAGUGGUGCCUCCACACCUGGCUGCAUACCAGAAAGGCCUGCACAGGUCAGAACACAGGUUUCCAAACCCCACUCCAAGUCUGAACCUCCAAGGACACCCCGAGCUCCCCGAGGUUCUUGCACAGAGGGCACAGGCCAGAGACAGCCCAGGUGAGAAGCUUACUCUGAGUCAGCUGCCCUCACCAAGAUACAUCCACAGGCUCCUGUGCAAGGAGAGGAGGCAGAAGUCCUCUCUGCCAGGAGGUCCUCCUCAAUCUCCCAAGCCCACACCACUGCCCUGCUCCACCUCCCACCACCUCCCCCUGCAGAUACGGGGGCCACCCUACCCACCCCACAGGAACCAUGGGAAAACCUGCCUCCCUCUAGGAGGAGGGCGUGGCACAGCUGCUGCACAGGUAAGGAACCUCGCUAUGCCUUGCUCCCAUCAACACUUUUAUUCUAGAUUUGAAGAUGUUUUGGGGAAGCCAUCUCUGCACAAAAGAAGUCAACGCAGGAAUAAAUUCCAAGAUACUGAACUACCUCAAACAGAAAAUAAGUUACUAAAAUUAAUCCUCCACAUAAAUUGUAGUUUUUUCCUUUUCCUCAAAGAAGGGGAAAAGAACCACCAACUCAUCUAUACACACAAGCAACCGGCCCUGGUUUACAAUGAUGCAAAGACUUUUAGCCUCCUGCUACCAAAAAGCAAAGGUUUAUUUCAUGAUUUCUUCUUUCUUUUCCAGAGACAGGCUCUUGCUCUGUCGCCCAGGCUGGAGUGCAGUGGCAGGAUCACGGCUCACUGCAGCCUCAAUCUCCCAGGCUCAGGCGAUCCUCCCACCUCAGCCUCCUGAGUAACUGGGACUACAGGCACGCACUACCACGCCCAGCUAAUUUUUGUUUUUUUAUCUUACGUGGAGACAGGUUUUGCCGUGUUCCCCAGGCUGGUCUCAAACUCCUGGGCGCAAAUGAUCGACCUGCCUCCGCCUCCCCAAGUGCUGGGAUUACAGGUGAGCCACUGUGCCCAAGCUAUUUCACUAUUUCAUCAGCGCACUUAAAUGCCUAUUUUUUUAAGUGGCUACAGGGCAACAAGACUAUCCCUGUGCCAAAUACCAGAUUCUAAAGAAAAUCUACCCACGUAACAAACCUGCACGUGGAUCCCCUGAAUCUAAAAUAAAAGUUGAAAUUAUGAAUAAAUAAAGCCUUGGAAUAAGGGAGGGGGAAAAAAAAAGAAAAUCCACAUGAAGGGAAAAACGCCCAGAGCAGAGCCCAGGGAGGUGGUUCCUGAGGCUGACUGCGGGCACAGCCCAGAGAGCGGUUCCCGGGACUGACUGUGGGCAGAGCCAGCCCGCAGCGCUCCUGACCCCACGGAAUGUUGUGGGCUCAUCUCUGGGCAGGAAGUCAGCACAAGGACAGCAAGACACUGACAGAUCCUAAGAAAGCUUACGAGACAGAAGUUCCUGUUUGGUUCAACUUUGUCACAGACAACACUGAGGGAGAUGAGGUUACACUGUGUACACAGAAAUAGGAUUACCAGUCAGUAAGACGGUUACUAUUUAACAGGAAUGAGUCAAACAGAUCAAGGUUUCAGGGCAUGUCUGAAACACCAGGAAGACCGCCCUGGCUUUGUGCAGCUUUGGGCGGGAGGUGCGCAUUCCGGCAUGCCACUGGACGGGGAGGGGAACGGGGCUACAAGAGGCAGCGGACGGCAGCAGGACUAAGCCACCCUAGAAAACAAGAGGCUCCGGCUUGAUUGCUGGUUUCAAUCUUAGCCCCAAAAAGGUGAUGUUAUUUAUUUAUUUAUUUAUGAGACGGAGUCUCACUCUGUUGCCCAGGCUGGAGUGCAGUGGCACGAUCGUGGCUCACUGCAACCUCUGCCUCCUGGGUUCAAGCGAUUCUCCUGCCUCAGCCUCCUGAGUAGCUAAGACUACAGGCACGCACCACCACGCCCAGCUAAUUUUUUAUAUUUUUAGUAGAGACGGGGUUUCACCACGUUAGCCAGGAUGGUCUCGAUCUCCUGACCUCGUCAUUCGCCCGCCUCGACCUCCCAAAGUGCCGGGAUCACAGGCUUCUUUUAUUUUUUAUUUAUUACUACUAUUUUUUAACAGUUGAUCGCUCUGUUACCCAGGCUGGAGUGCAGUGGGAUCAUCCUAGUUCACUGCAUCAUCAAUCUCCCAUUUCAGCCUCUCGAGUAGCUGGGACUACAGGUGUGUGCCAUCACACCAGGAUGGUUUUUGGCUUUUUUGUAGAUAUGGAGUCUCACCAUGUUGCCCAGUGGCUGGUCUCAAAUUCCUGGCCUCAAACGAUCCUCCUGCCUCAGCCUCCCAAAGCCCUAGGAUUACAGGUGUGAGCCCCCAUGCACAGCCAGGGUGAUGUUUGAGGAUUCUCAGAGAAGUUCCCAGAUCCAAGACAAGAUCUUAGGGCCUCCAUGACUGUGCAGAGAUGAAAGCACCAAUUGACAGAAUCUCAGCCAGAGCCCUGAGUGUGAAAACACAGGGCUGGAAACGCCCGGAAGGGAAAGAUAAGGCCCGGUGGAGGAAACGAGCAACUACCUCAAGGUGCCGAGAGAGGCCCCACAGGCACCAGCUGGGUACCUCCCAGCACACAGAAUACAGGGCCAAUUCCUAAGAAACAGAAAAGCCGAGCUGAGUCCGGAGGGCCUGCCUUGCUGAAGGGCCUGCUCUCCACCCAGCUGUGCUCUCCUGCAGCUACUGGGGGCCGGCUGGCCGUCCGUGGAGACGAGGCCAGAACCACCACCGCUCUGUGCUCACGGUUCCCCUUUUCCACACGAGAGCAGCUACAACAACACGGUCACUUCUGUCUGAAUCUUUCCUCCACCAACAAACCUGCACUCACGUCCCUCCAAACCGGGCUCCAGCACCUCUCACCCCUACAGAGCCCUCUAUGGAGGCCUUUCUCUGACGGGCACCCCAAGCCCAGGCAGAGGCCCAUGCACCACUUGGAGGCCCUUGGACCCAGCCUCUUGACCCAGACAGACUCCAGCAAUCACCCGAGGUUCAUCUUCAAGGUCACUUAUAAUGCACACAGCAGCCUUCAGCUUCCCCAAACCUCAUCCCAAGGCUUUAUCUUCUCUCUACCCAGCACUCCGGAGCAGUCUUCGGAAUUUCAACUGCCUUUCUUUACACCUCCAGAGUUUGUGAUUUCUACCCAAUAAGCACCUGAAGGGCAUCGAGACGCCCCCGGCCGGCUAAGACAACCUAGGCCACUUCUCUGGCCCGAGUGGACUUUCAGCAACGUCUCCGACGGAGUUGUCACAACAUGGUCCAAGGCUAGAAACUACCCCUGGGAACAGGACUCGGAGGCUUUGUGAUGACAAACAUGCACGUGGCCAGCAGGGAGACAGACGGACAGGUAACGGAGGGAGGGCACUGAGGUACAGGGAUGUGCGCCCCCAGAUACUACCUGCAAUACAGGCAGGAGGAGCCAGGAGCUGACCACACCGGCUCCACAUCCUGCACGCGGAUGGCUGGGUACGAAUGUGGCCCCCUGCACUGUCCAGAAGACGAGUAGGGAGGAUGAACCAGAGCAGGCGCUGAGGAUGAACCAGUGACCUCCCGCUCUACACCAACACACGCUGCCUGGGCCCCCCCCCCCCCCACCAGGAAGACCUGCUGGCGUGGCAGGGUCUUGCCCAGAGAAAGUUCAAGAUCUGUUUGAGAACAGCCAAGGUAUCCCCACCUCAGUCGCUGAUGAAGAUGACACAAUGCAACACACUCCUCAGAAGUCGCUUUCCAUCUGAAGCACAGAGCCGGGCUCUGCUAGAAAUAAAACUCACACACCUUGUUUGCUCUCUGGGGAUAAGACUUUUGCUGUUCCAAAAUCUGUGAUCUGGAUGUGCAUAUCUUCAUUUAACAAAAUGUUUUCCGGUUUAAGGUCCCUGUAAAAGUAGAUUUUCACAUUUGAGAAGAAAUACUUAAAACAGCAACAUUAUUACAUACUCUAAAUUUUGCUGAAAACAAAAUGAACGAAUGAAUGCAUAUGAUCCUUACAGACUGACAACCAGGGCUACAGGCCUAAAGCUCACAAGCAACAAGUGUUGACUGUACACAGUAGGGAUUCACCACCUCACAUCUCCACGUCAUUCUAAUUAGCUUUUUAAUGAAGUAAAAUCUACCAUUUUUAACGCACAAAAUGAAAGCUAUGCACACUUCUGAGCUGACUUUAUCAGAAAGUCAUGAAAAAUGAGACCAGAAAGAAGUACACACAGAAGCUACAACUGAAAAAGAUAAAAAGCAUCAGUCAAGAUGGUGAAAAGAAUCAUUAGCUCGCCAAGAAAGACGCGCGACCAUUUGAUGUGGUAUUUGCAGGAGAGCCUCUCCACGUCAGCGCUCCAUGGACGUGCGGCCUCGCCUUGGCGCUCAGGCUGUGGCAUAGGCAGGCAUCUCAGUCACACCCAUCCAGGGAGCACUCCAACCAGGCUGACCUCAAGGGCGGGGGCCAUCUGGGCAUCGGCUGUGGCCUGUGAGCCAAACGGUCACUGGCCCUGAUCAUUAAACUGACGUCCUGCAAACCCCACCCAGCCACCCCCGAGGUUACCUGUGAAUGAUGCCCUUGCCGUGCAAGUACUCUAAAGCAGACACAAUCUCAGCCGUGUAAAAUCGGGUACAGGUCUCAUCGAAUGAACCGAUUUUGCGAAUAUAUUUAAGUAGUUCUCCAUUUUUGGCAUAACUAAGGCCGAAAUCUGAAUAUUGUGCAGUUAAGGAAGUGUAAAAAUCCUUUGUUUUGUUUUGGAGCAGGUUUACUCCGUUGCCCAGACUGGAGUGCAGGGGCACAAUCAUAGCUCACUGCAGCCUCAACCUCCCUGGCUCAAGCGAUCCUCCCACCUUAACCCACCCAAGUGGCUGGGAAUAUAGGUACACGCUACCACGCCUGGCUCAUGUUUUUUAUUUUGUAAAAGCCAUUUUUUGAAAACUAACCUUAAAAGUCUGAUAAGAAUUUUUAAUUAAAUGCAAACUGAAAGUACCCGUGGCCCAAGACAGUCAUGUCACUGGAUCUGACGGGCAUCCCAGGCCCCAACUCCAAGACGAGGCACCAGCACGAUGAGGGAUUUCUCAUCAAGAACACCAUCACACGGUCUCGAGGAAACAGGAACAGAGCCUCUCAGCCCCGACUGCCCCUCUGGCCCCUGGCCGUGUUUACGGCCUCAGUGAACGGGGACCGCUGGAGACAGGGCCUACAGACGCCAACCAAAAAGCGCAUAUAACUCACGUGCAGGCUUCAAUGCACAAAGAUCCUGGGGGCCGGCGGAGCAGGGUCGGAGAGCGCGGCAGCCCCUGCCCUGAGACCCCGGCUUUAUGUGCUGCGCGUCCACGCGUGGCACUGCCCCUUCCAUGCAGGCUCCUUCCGUGGACAAAGUGACACAUUUUGUUUUGUUUUGUUUUAAGAUGCAGUCUCGCUCAGUCGCCAGGCUGGAGUGCAGUGGCGCUACCUCGGCUCACUGCAACCUCCGCCUCCCGGAGUCGAGCAAUUCUCCUGCCUCAGCCUCCCAAGUAGCUGGACUACCAGCGCGUGCCACCAUGCCCAGCUAAUUUUGGUAUUUUUAGUAGAGACGGGGUUUCCCCAUGUUGGCCAGGAUAGUCUCCAUCUCUUAUCCUCGUGAUCUGCCCGCCUCGGCCUCCCAAAGUGCCGGGAUUACAGGCGUGAGCCACCACACACAGCCAAGUGACACAUUUUGUAAGACAAAAGCCAUUUCGUGAACUUCUACACUCAUGAAGUGUGUCUGGGAGGCCCCCUCCUCUGGGCACCACUGCCCUACGAUGGCUCCAUCUGUAGCCUCCUUUUCCCAGAGGACUUAAGACCGACAAUAAAUGGAUCCCAGAUACAGAUUCCCCUGGAAGCGGCAAACGUCCAUCCCCAUUACCGGAAACCUCCAGAUACUUCACACUUACUGGCAGCCCAGGACACGGGGACCCAAAUCCUUGCCUGCCCUGAGCAGUGGCUCUCGAGGCCAGGAAGGGGGGCUCGUGCUCAGAGCCAGGCUGGCCUGCCUGCUCAGUUCUGGCUUCUGUUUGCCAGGGUACCAUCAUCUCCCACCAAGGAUGAACCUGAAGCUUCAGGGCAACGAGGAGAAACCCAGAAGGGAAGGGACUUGCAACCAAGGCUGCCCAAAGUGGCCCCUGUCCAGGCCCAUCUCUAAAUACAACCCACACCGAGGAUGCCUGGUGGGGCAGAAGUCCCUGGGUCUCGUUCCUGUCAGGGGCGAGUAAACCUUCACAACCUCCCGGGGCUUUGGAAUUUGACUUAAUGACGAAGGGCAACAUGAACCACUGGACAAAGACCUGGAGUUCCCACUACCUGCACCGCUCUGGCCAAUCCCAUUUGGAAAUCAGUCAGCAAGAUUCGCUCUCCUCUGGAAUCUGAGCCCCUGGGAGGAGAGGAUGGGAGACGUCAAGCGUGUGCAAUUCUGUCGCAGCCUCACAACCAACAAGCAGCCGUGUUCCGAGGGCUCUGCGGGAAGCCCAGAGGGACUCCCGUGGCUCAAACGGGGGCAGAGACAUGCAGGGCCCCGGGGCACGUGAAGGUGAGAGACAGAACAUACCGUGAAGCAGCCACUGACAGCGAGAGACAGAGGCAGGAACAGGGAUGACACUGGAGGACAGCAGGCCUGCCUGGAGGCCAGCAUUCUCUAAAACCUUCCACAAACCAAAAGCAAAGCCCGCCCCGGGCCACGUGCCUGGCAGCUGCUCAGUCACUGCCCUGCUCCUCUCUAGGCAAAAUCCCAGGGAAGCACCUUGCGUCGUCUCCAUUUCCUCACCUCUUACUCUUCCUUGAACAGUCCCCCCAAGAAACUGCCUACCCACCAUCAACACUUGGCACAGGGCAGAUCCACGGGUCAGGCUGUGUGCACCUGACUGCUUCAUAACCCCUGGGUGGGCAGCCAGCACCCUCCAUCAGAAACCGUUUAAUCCCGUGGCCUCUGGAUCUCCAUCAUUCGAACUCAGGAGCAACACCCCAUCACAAUCUCCUGUCCUCGGUGGGCCCCUCCUCGUGUUCACCCCUGCACUGGGGGAACCCAGGCUCCACUCACAGAGGAGCCGACCUCUGGGCAGCCUGCCAGCUCGCUGUGAAAGUCCUCACGGCCCUGACUCCUCCUGGAGCUCUGCUGGCAGCACCUAAGUGCCCACUCAGACCUGAAUGGCGGCACCAGCGGAUGCAUGAAAUGCCAGCCCAGCACCCGCCCCGGUCUCUCCCAGCUCAGCGGCAGACACCGCUGUGCAUUAGGCUUGAGGGCCACCUCCCAGGAGCCGCCCGACUCCAUUCUCUCGACCAGUCUGUUCAUAAGACCUCAACCACGGCCCCUGCCCCUGCUCUCCUGCCCAUUCUCUCACCCGGCCUAGGAGCAGCCAGAGCAAACCCCACAUUCCCCGCCACAAAGAGAAGGAAGUCCAGACUCAGUGCCAGGAUGCCACGGCUCAGGGGCCCAGCCCACCACAGCCUUUCAUGCCCCCCAACACACACUCCUGCCCAGGAGUUUAAAGAGCCCCACACUGCCGCCAGCCCCUACCCAGCCCUAAGACUCUUGGCAGCAUAUCUUGCUGCCGGGAAGCCUCUCACACGGAUCAUCAGUGCAUGUCCAGCUCCUCCACCAACAUCCAAGCUUCUCGACGGCAGAGACGCCACCCGGCAUACCAGCACUUCCCCAUCACCCAUCAACCUGCACUUGGCAAGCACCUCCAAACAAAGAGAGCACACACACUCCGCCGGCAGCCGAAGGAGCUGCAGGAUGGUGCUAAGAGUGGGAGCAGGCCAGAACAAAGCUCUAACACAGAAGAGCCGGGUGCUCGGGAGAGACGGGGAGGACUCAGGCCCCUCCCCAGGCAGAAUGGGGACGCCACCGCACUUGGGCCAGCUUGGAGGGCGGCGGGGGAGGAAAAGAGCAGAUGCAGACUGCACCUGCUGGGGGCGACAACGGUGUGGCGUGGCCAGCCCAGCCACUGGCAGGCCCACAGGUCAGCUGGAUGGGGCAGAGGUGGGGCCCACCCCAACCGCCACCGGGCCUUGCCUCCCAGAUUCCUGAGCCAAGGUUUAAUAACAGAAAAGAUGGCGCUCUAGGGGAGCAAGGGACACCGACCAAGCAAGCCGCAGCAGAGAGGACUGUGCUGGAGCCACAUCAAUGGCUUCUCCGGGAGGUAACGUCCUGUGCAGACUCACGGCCACACCCUGGCGCUGCCUCGGCUGCCUCCCUGAAUGUCAGCGGCCUGAGGGACCCCACUCGGCAGGGAGCGGGGGCUGCUUGUGGGAACACACAGGGUCUGAUUCCAAGUGAGAGGGGUGACUGGUGUGGCUUCAGACGGCACCAACCACGCAAAGGAUACACAGCUUCUCGUCGUCCUGAAAUGUGAAGUAAAGCUUAACAAAGAAGGGGUGAUCCAGGCGCGACAUGACAUCCCGCUCUCUGGUUACAUACGGGACCUUGUUCUCUUUUAUGAUAUGUCGCUUCUCCAGAAUUUUAACUUCAGGUGAGAGAGAAGUGAGUUACUAUCAGAAACAACAAAAAACACUAAAGACAUGACUCACAAAGGUAACUGGUACAAAUUAAAGUCUUUCAAACAUUGUACACACCAGCCUGGUGGUCUCUAAAGCCAACAGUGUCCUGUACCCUGAAAUCAGCACAGAAACCCCGGCCCUGCCACCCCGACUGCCCUGCACGGAGCCGCUGGCCCUGCUCCCAGACGCACAGCUCCCUGCAGCCCAUACUCACUCGCGUAUUCUCUGGAGGUUGCCAGUUCUCGAGCCAGGACAACCUGGUUUGGAAAGAAAAGGAGAAAAAGAAACACACAAUGUAAUAACCGGGACACUGGGUCUGACAAGUCCCUCUGCCCCACGCGCACGCUUCCUGUCCCCACUGAAGGCUUGAAUCUACCGUGAAAUAUUUUGGGUCUUGUACUGACAAGUAGAGCUAAAAGCCAAUGCUCGUGUUGAUGUGUUCUAACAGCUAAGAGAAAACAUAUCCAUCUCUCCAUUGUUUUCAGAAGCUUCUUGAUCAGCUGUAAUAAGUCCUAACGGUGCAACACAAGUAUAAAUUCAUGAGCCUCUUCGACUGCCACGCCCUUCACCAACAGUAGGAGUGGUAGGGCACAGGGGCUUCUUCGAAAACAAUAUGUCCUUCUAGUAUACGUUCAUUGCAAAGCCUGCCCUGAAUUUUCAUUUUUGGAAAUAAUUGUUAUCAUACAUUUCGUAUGAUGGCGCUUGCGGAUACCAUGAAGAGAGCCUGGCUGUAAAGGACACAGGGAGCUAAACCAACAAUGCAUGGCCCUGUGUGCCCACAAGAGGGAGCCACCUUCCCAGGAUGCAGCAGGCCUCCUGCCCUGUCCUCUCCUUAGCACCCCUGAGCCCUGCACUCAAACCCCACCUCGGAGACAGAGCACUCCAGCAGGGCAGGCAUCCCAAACAGGGGAGAGACCCUCCACUCGGACUAGCCUGGGGCACACCCUGAGGCACCAGACUGGAAAUUCCUGGUGGGCCCACAGUUUAGCCAGAGCGCGUGAGACAGCUGUGCCAGGGAGGCCCCACCACCACCAAGUGGUACACAAGUGUCUCCUAAGACACCCACAGGGGGACGGCCUGAGGAGCAGGGAGCAGAGGAAACCUGUCCCGUUACAUUCCUGGGGGCUGGCAGGAAGACCUUCAGGAGGCCACAGGGCCAGGUCCACCUGGCCCUGGGCUGUGAGCCGCAAUCCGGGGCAGGACUCCUGACGGGACACGUCAGAAGAGAUCCUGGAAAGCACCACGUGAGACGCCCUGCGGCGCUCAAGAAGAAUGAAGUUGGAUUCUGGGGACUCUACGUACUCAAGAUCUUCCCAGAGGAAUACGCCACGCAUGGAUGGCUCUCAGCUGCCGGGGAGAAAGGGGAAGUGGGCCGGGCAGGGCUCCCCUCUCUAGCUUAUGUGUUUCUGUGAGGUCACGUUUCUCCACAAGAGCACGUGCUAGCUUCAUAAGUAGAAAAAAGGAAGAAAGAAUUGUGAACGAGCACUGAUAUUUAGUGGAACCCUUUCUAAGGGGAUACUGAUGUCAUCUUUCUGUUGUCUAAACUCAACACUUCACAAGCAGGUUUCCUACAGGAAGGAAGGAUCCUCUUCCAGAGAACGGCACGUGACGUGUCCCUCCCUGGAGGUUGUGACCGUCCUCAGGGGGCCUCCCGGCUCUCCAGUGCUGCACCUGGCUCUUGCCCAGCCUCCUAACUAUCACUGUCCUUUCCCCCUCCCCUGGAAAUCAACUUUUAUGUGAUCUCUAGUUCAGGAAAGCUGAGAGACAACUGAGGGUAACACAUGUAAUCUGAGACCCAGUACUGUGGAUUCCAAACAGCCCCAUGGAGGAGCCUCCAGCUCACCGUGCUCUCCCGGGCACCUCCCUGCUGCAGGUUCAGAAAGACACGGACCACAGCCCCUGGAGGGACAGUGCCUGCUCUCCACCCAUCUCCAGAACCCAGGGGAAACAGGCAGUUUCACAAAUGAGUCUUCCUUUUUCAGUCAAGAUAAAUGUAAGGGCCAUGUAUGGUGGCACAUGCCUGUGGUCCUAGCUACUCAGGAGGCUAAGGCAGGAGGAUCGCUUAAGCCCAGGUGGUGAAGGCUGCAGUGAGCUAUGAUCACACCACUGCACUCCAGCCUAGGUGACAGAGCAAGAUCCUGUUUCUAAAAGCAUAAAUACAUACAUAAUAAAGUUAAAUUAAAAAGAGAAAUAUAAGGAAGUAAAACUGAGGCCAAGCACAGUGGCUCACGCCUGUAAUCCCAACACUUUGCAAGGCUGAGGAGAGACACUCACUUGAGCCUAGGAGUUCAAGACCAGUCUGGGCAACAAAGUGAGACCCUGUCUCUACAAAAAAUUUUAAAAUUGGCUGGGCACGGUGGUGCAUUCCUGUAACUGCAGCUACUUGGGAAGCUGAGGUAAGAGGAUCACUUGAGCCCAGGAAGUCGAGGCCGCAAUGAGCUAUGAUCAUGCCACUGCACUCAAGCCUGGGCGACAGAGCAAGACUCUGUCUCAAAAAACAAGUAAAGCUGAGAAAAGAAGAGGCCUCUUCUUUCACUGGGUGGUUGUAAGCAGCCAUGCAGAAUGCCCAAGGUUUUCCAAAGAGUUUCUUCUUCCUGAAAGGAUCUGAGUCCCCAGACUUUGGGGACUAGUCUCGUGGUUGAAGGUAUUUUUCAUGAGCGCAUAAUCCUUUUAUAAAAAACUUAUGUCAUAAAACCUGCAAUUUAAAAAAUCUAAAGUAUAAGGGCAGCAAAAGUUAACAUUAAUUAAAACAAUAUGUUGGGAAUAUGGGUAAGCUGUAUUUCACGUUUUUCUUUGCAUUGUGAAAUAUUUCAUAUAUGUAAAAAAGAGAAAAAAGGAAAAUAAACCUCACAUAUGGUUUCUCCACAAAGGUCAGGCAAGAAAGAAUUAUUCAGGAACUCACCGAGGCCCCUCCAGUGAGGUGCCCCCAGGGCUCCCUGGAAUGGCCCUAGCACACACACGGCGGCCACCUUGGCGACCACAGUGGCGGCACGGGACUCUGUCUCUUUAUAGAGGCCCAGAUGGAGACAGUGCACCCCGAGUUGCUCAGGCCUCCCCUCAACCUGUUACAACCUUCACUAAAUCCACAACCACACACGGCUUCAUGGGUCCCACAUCAGCAAAACGUCCCAUGUCGGCUGCUUUGAACCUUCAUUUCUUUGCUUUCAGAGGAAAAAACACCCCGAGACAGGUAACAAGUGUGACGUGACAGUACUGCGACAAUACUCCUGUUUGUGAAACUCGGAACACAAGAAUCUGGAGGCUGUGUCUCCAGCAAAUGUCCAGAGCGUACUGUUUUAUGUAUUUAAAAAAACAAAACAGAGAAAUAAGAAAAGGUCAAUAAGUGUCCCCAGAAAGCUCUGGAGAGAUACUAACUUUCAAUCUAAGAAAAAGAACAGGUUCCCAGGGCCCUGCCAGUGAGACACAAGGACACAGAAUGUAACUUGCUGAUGCCAGGUUAAAAUGCAAUUAACUACAUUAGAAAAAACCUCCACAGACCAUCAAGAGAUGUGUCUAACGUUCUCAUCUACAAAACCAGGUUACAUAUUUAGCCACACUCAUCACGUGACCUGCUUGGGGGGUACCCAGCCCCCAAAGGCUCAAGUGGCCUUCACAACAGGUGACACCCCUCAAGGGACCUGAGACCUCCUGCCCGGAAGGACACCAGCCUUGCUUGGAGUCUCUGGCAAGCCCCGAGGAAGGUGAGCCUCCCCAAGGAAAUCACGUGCAUUAGACACAAAGCAGCAGCAAACACUCACCGUGGAAAAAGAGCCUUCCCCAAGAAUUUUCCCAAACUUGAAGUCCUCAGGCCGCUUCUUCCGAGGCUGCGGCGGCGGUGUGCUCCAGGGAGCCGGUGCCAGGCCGAGGCUCGGAUGCGGUGCCGUCCAUGGCGGGGCCCUGCCUGCUGCCACCAGGAAUGCCAGGGGCUGUGCUGGACUCAGUCUGGGUCCUCACCAUUGAUGGGGAUGGGCAGGAACAUAACACCACUCUGGACUGGAUGGGUACGGCACCAUACUGGGGGACUGUAAAAAGUAAAGUAGAGGUUCUUCUUCAAAGACUUUCCUCCCCAUUUAAUUAGGAAUAAAUAGUAACUUCUCUGAGAAGCAAAACGUAUUCAAAGACCUCUGCUAACAUUCUUAAAUAUCUACUAGCCGUGAUAAUCAAUGUACUUUAUGUUCUCAGCUCCCACAAUUUAGCCUAAAUACUUGCCCUAACAUGCUUAUACUGGUCCAAUCAAACCAGUUCGUCUUCCUUAUUUGAAAGUGUUUUUACCUUUCUCAGCAUUCCGUAAGUUACUUCCUCCUUCCUUUGUUUUCUUCUACCUUUGCCUCUUUUAAAAGUUCUAAGUUGCCAGCCAAUCGGGAGAAAUACAGAAUGUGAGGUCCCAUUCUAGCCAAUGGAAACUGGACACAGCAGUAGGUGGACGCGUCAGGUUAUAAAUGACCCUGUCUCCUUUGUUCAGUGUACUCUCGUGGCAAAAUUGCUGGUGAGUGUACCCUUUCUCCAGGAAAUAAAAAUGGCCUUACUAAAUAAAUUA